AUGCCAUUUGUUGGUAUUGUUGUAAAAGAAAUUUACGUGCACAAGUCCUGCUACAAUACUCAUGGACGCGUCCGCUCAAUUCCACGCAAACCGGUUUGUUGCAUCCUUGAACUUUACAAAGAUCGUUUGAGUGGUGCAAAAGGAGCACGAGAACCAGAGAAAAGGUUUGUGUGGUGGGAGUACGGUGGAGGUGAAGAAAAUAGACUACCAUGA